CAGCGCAGCUCGGCGAGCGCGGCGCGGCGGGCGCAGAGCGAGGCGGCGGCGGCGACUCCCGGCGGCGGCGGCGAGCAGGGGCCGCCCGCCCGCCGGCCCCAAGAGCGGUGGCUGCGCUAUGGGCAGGAGGAGCCGCCGGGCCGCCGACAGCUCGUCCUCGGGGGAGGAGGAGGAGUAUGUGGUGGAGAAGGUGCUGGACCGGCGCGUGGUGAGGGGCCAGGCCGAGUACCUGCUCAAGUGGAAGGGCUUCUCCGAGGAGCACAACACGUGGGAGCCCGAGAAGAACCUGGACUGCCCCGAGCUGAUCUCGCAGUUCCUGCGCAAGGACCGCAGGAUGAGGGACAUGAGGGACAGCGAGGGGACGCGGCCCCGCGAGCGCCCCGAGGGCGCCAAGCGCAAGGGACUGCCCGGCGGCGAGGACGGCAGGGCCAAGAAGAAGAGAGAGAGCAACGACAUCGCCCGCGGCUUCGAGCGGGGGCUGGAGCCCGAGAAGAUCAUCGGGGCCACCGACUCCUGCGGGGACCUCAUGUUCCUCAUGAAGUGGAAGGACACAGACGAGGCUGACCUGGUGCUGGCCAAGGAGGCCAACCUGCGCUGUCCCCAGAUUGUCAUCGCCUUCUACGAGGAGCGGCUGACGUGGCACGCGUACCCCGAGGACAGCGAGCCCAAGGAGCGGGACCCGCCCCGCAGCUGAGCCCGGGGUGUCCCUGGGUGUCCCCCAGGUGUCCCCUGGGUGUCCUGGGG